AUGAGCAAUAAUCAAUACAAUAAUAAAAAGUUGGCUCCAUUUAAAAAAUAGAGAGACACUCUCAAAGAAGAAUUAAAAAGACUCUAAUAAGAAUAGACAGAAGAAGAGAAAUAAAAUGAUUACUAUUUUGAUGAGAUAGGUCGUGUUGAAAAAGUAUUUAAUGAAAUAUAUAUUAGGAAUAUGAAUCUUUAAUUAAAUCUAUUGAAGAAUAUAGUAAACAUAAUUAGACAUUAAAAACCAUUCGUCAAACAGAUCAAAAUCAAGGUUUAGAUGAGACAAUAGAAAAAAAUGUGAUUUAAACAUUAAAUCUAUUUCUUCUUAGCACUAGCAAAAAAGAGUAUUUAGAAAGCAUUUAAGAACAAGAAAUAUCAAAGAAAUAGUUAUAAGUUGGAAAUUUGAUUAUGACUUAAAAUUAGUUAAAUGAAGACAAUUAGAAAGAAUAAGAAAUAGAAAAAGUUAUUCUUGAUAAUGGAUACUAUAUAACAUUGAAAUAGGGCAGUAGCUCAUUAAUUGUUAAAGUACCAGGAACAGUAAGGACAUUUAGAGAAUUAAAACAAAUAGUAAAAUCAUGUUGUAUGGCUGAAGAAUAAGAGAUAUUUUAUACAGAUUUAAUGGGAAAUAUACUUUAACCUGAAAUGAAUGUUUUAGAUCAAUUAUAUCCACCAAUUUAUGAGUUACUUAAAAAUUAUUAACCUGUUAUAUGCAUACAAAUAGUUAAAUAAAAAAAAGUAAAAGAAGAUACAAAAUAAACAGAAGCAGAUUUUGGUUUUGAUGGAGGUAUUUAAGAAUUAAUGACUAAAUAACUUAGAUCAAUUAGAAGAAUUGAAAAAUCUAUUAAUUGGUCUAAAUAUAUGGAUUAUUUAACUAGUUUUAAAUAUGUAUUAGAAUCUAUAUUGUUUUUAUCACUCUUAAUUCUAUAUGCAAUUGUAGAAAUCAAUGAAAAUGAUUUUUUCACCAAUUCUCAACUUUUAUUGAAUUUGAACAUGAAUAUGGCAAUCUAAAAAUCAUACUUAUCUCCAAUAAAUAAUAUUUCUUAAAUUAUUUCUUUAACAAUUCCAAAUGGAUCAUCUCAUGGUUUGAGUCCAACAUAUCCUCUUUAAUCAGGAUUGCUUGUAUAAACUCUUGUUGGUAUAGUAAAUAUUUAAUGAUAAUUAGGAUGACAUCAAAAAUUGUGAUAUAUUAAAUGAAAAUCAAAAAUAAAUUUAUGUUGAUAAAAAUUAAUCGUGUUUGAUGUUUGACAUAACAUAAACAACAGAUUUACAAAAGAAUUACUCAAGACUUAAUUUUGAUCCUAAGGUCUAUAAUGAAUAAUUUGGAGGUUAUGUUUGGGAAUUCAAUAUGAGUACUAGGUAAUCAUUUUAAGAAAGUUAUGAUUUGAUGAUUUCUGAAGAUUGGUUUCAAUAUAAUGUAAAACAAACUCAAUUCAUUUUGAAUUAUUAUAAUAGUCCUACUUAAAGAGUAGUAUCUGUCACUAUCACUACUCUGUAUCUUUUUAACGAUGUACAUAUAUUUUUUAAAUGAUAUCUAGCGUUUACUUAAUUAUAAUAGUUUUUAAGCAGAAGGUUUUAAUUUAAGUGAACUUCCAGAGUAAGUACUAGUUAGUAAAAACAUAAUAUUUUAUUGUUCAAUAGUUCUAUUAAUAUCCUCAUUUUUUGGUAAAUAAUCAAUUAAAUUAAACUAGAUUUCUUUGGUUUAUAUUUUGAAGGGACUAAAAAUAAUUUAAUUUUAAUUUACUUACAAUAUUUAGAAUUAUUGAAUAGGAAGAAAAAGAUGGAGGCUAAGAAAAAACAGAUCAAUGAAAAUGAUUAAAGAGAAAUAUAAUAAAAAGAAUUAAUUGUAGGAGAAUAUGUUAUUAUCAAUUUAAAAGUGAUUUAUAUUACAAUUAGAAUUCCACUAGUUUUUGAUUAUAUUUGUAAUUAUUAUUAUUUUAUUUUAGAUAUCUUAUGCCAAUUUGGAAUGGUUAUGAAGAAUACUGUUGAUUCUUAUUAUGAAGAAGCUUUAAAGGAAAUAGAUUUGAAUUCAGAUUAAUAUUAAGAUACAAAUGCAUUAAUAGAACCAUUGUUUGUUGGUAGAUUGUUUUCAGCUAUUUUGGUGAUAUUUUUGAUGAUUUCUAUAGUAAGAUUUAUGGGGAAUUGGAGUCCAUAUUUAAAAUGUUAUGGAUUGGUUAUGAUAAGGGUAUUUGAUAUUAAUUCUAAUUUAAUAGUUUAAUAAAGAGUCUUGGUUCUUAUUACUUGUUUUGAUGUAUAUAAUAAGUGUUUGUGCUAUGUCUUGGAUUGUAACCAUUUAAGGUAAAUUAGUAAAUCAUGAUAAUUUCUUUUAUACUUUUUUGGGAUUACUUAGAUGUACCUUAAGGUUUGGAUUAGAUAAUGAUCUAGAAUAAUAAGGAUUCUAUAAUACUUAUGCAAAAGAUAUUAUCUAUUCUUUUGAGACAAAAUAUGUAAAAAAGAUUAUUAAAUUAUUAUAUUAGUUGUAAUACAUUAUAAUAAUAACCAUCACAAUGAUAAUGAUUCCCAUAUUUAUUUCUCUAAUGACUGAUUUAGUUCAAAAUACUAAAGUAGAAGCAAAACAGAAAAUAAUGGAAAUGAGAAAACAAAAUUAAGAAUGA